AUUCUGCGGUAAAGAUGGCGGCGGCGGAGGGGGCGCGCAGCGGCUGGAGCAGAACGGAACGACCCCAAACGGGUCCCUAUUAAAAUAAACCGUACGGUGGCCAACGUUUUGCACAUUCCCGUUCAACAUUGCCGCUUAUCCGGUGCCAUUUACCAGAGUUUGACGAUUUGACUGUGUGCCGUUAGGUGGUGGGUGGGUUCUCACACAUACACACACAGAUUGCUAAGCUAAGCUAGCGGACCUCGGUCCGGUCCGGUAGAGGAGGAAGACGAGGAGGAGGGGUGAUCGAGAAGAGGAAGAAUACUGUCGUCCCGAGCAGAACAGAUCAGUUUCGUUGGGGGAUGUGAGCGAUCCAAGCGGACUGCGGGUCUUUCCACGGAUCUGUGUUGUUUUCUCACCCAGAGCGCUCGCAGGAUGGGACAACAGGUAGGCCGCGUGGGAGAAGCGGCUUCCGCGGGGAUACAGUCCCCACCGCAGGGGCAACAGCAGCUGCAGCAGCAGGGCAGAGCGAACCGGGCCGGCGGCUCCGGGAGGAGACCGCGAGACGGCGGCAGCAACAUCACCGGUACUCCACCGGGAAGAACCGCUGCGUCUGCAACUGCUGCUAACGUCAUGCCAGACCCCUCAGUCAAUAUAUUCACUCAACACUCAGAAGCCCUGCACAGGCCGUUCGGACUGGACUCGUCUGCGCUGACCGAGGCGGUACGCUGGAGCUCCAAAGAGAAUCUGCUGGGUGCUGCGGAGAGCGACCCGAACCUCUUUGUUGCGCUUUAUGAUUUUGUUGCCAGCGGUGACAACACGCUGAGCAUCACUAAAGGAGAAAAGCUGCGAGUAUUGGGCUACAACCAGAAUGGCGAGUGGAGCGAGGUGCGUUCGAAGAACGGUCAGGGUUGGGUGCCCAGUAACUACAUCACCCCCGUGAACAGCCUGGAGAAGCACAGCUGGUACCAUGGGCCCGUGUCCCGCAGCGCGGCCGAGUACCUGCUCAGCAGUUUGAUCAACGGCAGCUUCCUGGUUAGGGAGAGCGAGAGCAGUCCUGGCCAGCUGUCCAUCUCACUGCGCUACGAGGGCCGGGUCUAUCACUACCGGAUCAACACGGCUUCUGACGGAAAGGUCUACGUAACGUCUGAGAGUCGCUUUAGCACGUUGGCCGAGCUGGUUCAUCAUCAUUCCACAGUGCCGGAUGGUCUGGUCACCACACUGCACUAUCCCGCCCCAAAAUGCAACAAGCCAACGGUCUACGGCGUCUCGCCCAUCCACGACAAGUGGGAGAUGGAACGCACAGACAUCACCAUGAAGCACAAACUGGGCGGAGGCCAGUAUGGAGAGGUGUAUGUCGGCGUUUGGAAGAAGUACAACCUCACUGUUGCCGUUAAAACACUAAAGGAGGACACCAUGGAAGUCGAAGAGUUUUUGAAGGAGGCUGCAGUCAUGAAGGAGGUGAAACAUCCCAAUUUAGUGCAGUUACUUGGUGUCUGCACGUUGGAGCCUCCAUUCUACAUAGUGACGGAGUACAUGCCUCACGGGAACCUGCUGGACUACCUGCGGGAGUGUGACAGUAAGCAGGUGAACGCUGUGGUGCUGCUGUACAUGGCCACUCAGAUCUCAUCAGCCAUGGAGUAUCUGGAGAAGAAGAACUUUAUCCACAGGGACUUGGCUGCUCGUAACUGCCUGGUUGGAGAGAAUCACGUGGUCAAAGUGGCUGAUUUCGGACUGAGUCGUCUGAUGACGGGCGACACCUACACCGCUCACGCGGGGGCCAAAUUUCCUAUCAAAUGGACUGCACCAGAGAGUCUGGCUUACAACACUUUCUCCAUCAAAUCGGACGUGUGGGCAUUUGGAGUAUUACUGUGGGAGAUUGCUACGUACGGCAUGUCUCCAUACCCUGGAAUUGAUCUAUCUCAGGUGUACGACCUGUUGGAGAAGGGCUAUCGCAUGGAGCAGCCAGAAGGUUGUCCUCCUAAAGUGUACGAGCUCAUGAGGGCCUGUUGGCAAUGGAGUCCAUUGGACCGGCCUUCAUUUUCUGAGAUCCACCAAGCCUUUGAGACCAUGUUCCAUGACUCGAGCAUUUCAGAAGAAGUUGCAGAAGAGCUGUGUAAAACUGCCUCUGGUGGGCAGGGUGGGCUCGUGCAUUCCUUCGGGCACGAUAUGCCACUCUUGCCCUCAAAGUCUCGCGGGCAGAAGAAGCACUCUGAGAACAAAGAGAACAUGGAGGAGGUGGGACCCCUCGGCCCUGCAGGUCUUGCAGCAUCACUGUUUGCCGGUGAUGGGCGAUCCAGCAGCUCACCAGCCCUGCCACGUAAACAAAGGGAUAAAUCCCCCUCUAGCCUGUUGGAAGACUCCCAGGACACCUUUACCCGUGACCGCAAAGCUGGCUUCUUCAGUUCUUUCAUGAAGAAAAAGUCUACGUCCUCUUCCUCACCUCAACAGCAACAAAACCUUCCCAUGCCUCCCAAGAGGAGCAGCUCUUUCCGGGAGAUGGAGAUCCAGCCUCAUAAAAAGUAUGAGCCCACACCAGGGUUUGGGGGCCCUCCUCCUUUGCCUCAGACCGAUGGCUUGAGUUUUUCUCCAUCCCAUGGAGAGGGGAACCAUGUGCAGUCUCGCUGCUGUGGAGCCACAUUUGGGCAAAAGCCGUCCGGUUCCAACUCUAGUGCAACAUCUGGUCAAGUGGGAGGCAGCAGUAGCUGGGGAAGCUUAGCGGGCUUUUUCACCCCUCGCCUUAUCAAAAAGACAUUGGGAUUGCGGACUGGUAAGCCCUCUGGCGUAGACGAAGGGGGUGGAACCAAGCCUUUCCCUCGUUCCAAUUCAACUUCCUCCAUGUCUGCCGGAUUACCGGACUUGGAGCGCAUGGCGUUGACGUUGCCAAGAAACCGCAGCAAACCUCCACUAGAGCGCACGGCUUCCACCACAUCGCAGCCGGAGAACGGUGCGGCACGACCUUCAGACGCAAUCCUAAGGAAGCUUGAUGAAGGUACGGCUCAGAUACGCGAUCGUCCCAAAGCCAAACUCUUGCCGCGUGGGGUUGCGGGUGGGUCUGGCGGAGUGAGAGCUCCAGGAGUAGGGGGAGAGGCUGAAACGAAAGACGGACACGACGACCGACCGGGCUGGUCGUCUCCGUCGAAAACCUCCACACUCGGGUCAGUCAGUCUACACAAUCACAAAGUGCCAGUGCUCAUCUCACCCACCCUAAAGCACAGCUCUGCUGACGCGCACCUGGUCGGCGUGGACUCUCAGGGCAACCGAUUCAAACUGCUGUCCGACAGUGGAGAUCGCGAUCGGCCUCGACUGGUAAAGCCAAAGUGUGCGCCCCCUCCACCACCCAUGCUCCGCUCCCUUCAGCACGCCUACAGUGCCGACGCUGCCGACGAAGCGCUCCGGUCGACGGAGUUUGUUGAGAUUAACGGAGAUGGACUCAAAAGGUCAGGGAGGGAAGCAAGAGGGGCACGUCCAUCCAUCCCACCACCACAAGUGCCUCCAGCCCCCACAGUGCCCUCUAGCAACAACACCACGCAGACUAAGAUGGCCAACGGUGCUUCUAGCGGGCCGGGCCUCACUUCCGCCAAACCUACUCUUAGACGGACUCGACAGCAAGCGGAACGGAUCCCCCUGGAGAAGAUUAGCAAGGAGGCUCUUUUGGAAUGUGCCGAAUGCUUGAGUAGUGCCAUUCAAUGCAGCACUGAGCUCUCCUCCAGCAGCCAAGUCUUGGAUGUGGGACACCAGCUUUUGGACUACUGCUCCGGGUAUGUUGACUGCAUCCCGCAGACGCGGAAUAAGUUUGCCUUUCGUGAGGCGGUGGGGAAACUAGAGUUAAGUCUGCAGGAGCUUCGGGCUUCCUCUUCGGGAGGAGGAUUAGGGGGACCCGGGACCAGCCCCGCCCUUGAUAAUUUGCACACCUGCAUUAAAGAGAUCAGUGAUGUCGUGCAAAGGUAGCCUCUGGGUCCACUGUAGCUAUACCCUCUGAGACUUUAUUUCCCCAAAGUCAUAGUUUUAUUUAAAUGUUUGGGGGACAGAGAAGAAUCUCUCAGAAGUACCUCAGAAAUGACUACGAACACUCUCCUUUUAUUGUUUACAGGUGACUUUCUCGUUGAAAAUGCCAGAUGGGAUCAGAAUUCUUUGUAUAUAAGCUUUUUGUCAUCGCCAGAAUUUGUCAUCACGCAGUUUCGUUUUUGGCCAAUUUACAUUGUAAUUGUUUUAUCUUGGUAUGACAGAACUAAUUUUCACAAACCUACAGGAAGCACAGGGAGGUUCACAUCAAUCCAUUUUAUUUACAACUGAUUCACAUUAACUGGAUACAGUGUCCGUGACGAUGCAAAAAAAUAUUGCCUUGUUUUUAAGACAUGAAUUGUUUUUUGCUUUUAAAUGAUAUUGCCUGUUCAGAGCAUACAGUAACAGAAUGUGGCACACAAACACGUCAUCUCUAUGCACAUUUGUUUGGUUUUAAACACUACAGGUGCUUCACUACAAAUCCUGUACUGUCAUUUUUUUCAGUUUGAUUACAUUUAUCAACACUGAAGCACUUGAUAUCCAUUGGUAAUUUUAUAAAUCUGUGCGUUCAUUAUUAUCAUUAGUGGUUUACUGUGUCAAUUGUGGCGAUUUGGCCUUUUAUAUCUGUGGCCUUUGGAUUAUUUCCCCCCAACAGCCAGAUAUAACAAAUCCUGUUCUUAAUGUAUAAGUGCUAAAAUAAGAUUUGCUGUGGAAGCAGUGACAUGGUAUGUGGAAAGUCGGAAUUCGUUUAGUGACUAGAACAUGGAUUACAAAUACACAUGUUGCCAAGUCUUUUAACACAAACUGCAUUUUCUUUAGCACAUUAAUCUCUAACUUUAUUUUGCUUUAACUUCCGAAUGUCUUCAUUUCUAAACUUGAAUUUUAAAUUAUUUUCUAUUAAAAGCACAGUCGUAUUAAUGAUAUUGUAGAUAGAGCAUAUUAUUUUAUACCCACAUGACAGCCUGCUCAUGUGUGUGUUGUAAAAGACAGGGGUGAGGAGGGGUUUGAAGUGCAGAAUCUGGGCUCUGUGUGUGCAUCUACAUUAUGAAUGUAUUCAUUUGUUCAAAACAGGAAUGGUUGUCUUUUUGUAUGUUUUCCAUAGUGUCUCAUCACACCGUUCAAACUUUAUGAAGAAGAAACAUUAAAGUUCUUCAAGACACAAACGGUUACACAUGUUGAUUCUGUAUUCAUAAAUGAUAGAUUUAUAUUAGAAAUUGCAUUAAUGAGAUUGUUGUGGGUGCCCUGCAAUGUCAUAAUGAAAAUGUUUUGUACCGAUUACACUGGAGCACAUUUAUAAAGCAUAUGUUUUAAUUGCCUUAAUUCAGUAUCUAAGGUAUGUAAUAUGAAAGAUUUGUUUGCCAUAUAUCUUGAUGUUUAGGUUGUACUGUGGCAGAAACGCAUAUUCAGUUGUUUCUUGUCACAACUCGCAAAACAGUUACUUGCCUGCAUCAACUUAAACGUUUGUGUUGCCAUUCAUCUGCCAGUGUUUUCCGAUAUUACAUGGUGCCUUUUGAGAGAUAUUUAAUGUUUUGUGCACUGCUCACUCAUGAUAAAGAACUGUUGUAAAUAUGUUUUGCUUUCAGAUAUUCAGCAUCAAUUUUAGGGUGGCAAAGGGGAAUUCUCAAGCCUUUAUUGUUAUCUACCCUGUUCUGACAUGAGGUGUCCAACUUGAAGAGGAAAAAGUGCAAUGAUCUGUCCUUUAUUAAGACAGUGCUUGAAGUCCGGUAUCAUUUUACUGAAAGAGCUCCUGAAUUUGUUCUGUUUUGUCAGGAAUAGCAGCAAAGAAACAAAUGCGUUUAAUGUGUGAUUUAGCUUUUCGAACACUACAGGUCUUUCUAUUCCAUUUAUUACUGUAUGUGUUUGAAAAAUUGUUUUUCAUUCAGCAACAAGGGGAGAAAGGGUUAAUGUCUAAAAAUGUGUCUGCUUCGUUUCACAUGGUUGUCAGGGAGCGUUUUGCGUUUAAGCCUUUUUAGUAAAACAGCAAAGUGUUAUUUCUUGCAUCACCAUGUUUUUUUUUUAUAAAGAUGUUUGGCCAACAUUCACUUGGUAUCAUGAAUUUACUGCUAUUGUAACCAGUGCUGCACUGUUGUCACCACAAUCUAUUCAAUUUGUCUGUUUAUGUUUUAUAGUCAGUUUUACAUCUCCAUUGCAUAUAGUCACAGAUUUUAUAUUGGUAAAAAUACAUUUUAUACGAGUAACCUAACCUGUUCUGAAAGGUUGUGCAUUGGGUGCAUGUUUGAUUGUAUCUUGUUAACAUGUCAGUACAGGAAAAACAUUUCAAGAGAACCAUUCUGUUCUAUAGUUUAUGCUUUAUGAGCCACAAAAGGGCCUCUUAAGAUGCAAGCCAUUGUACUGUAUGUCUCACAGGCAUAUCCUUCAUAAUUCAGAACUAUACAUUUUUCAUUUGAAUUACCCAAAUUUGUCUUUUUUGUUUGUCACUUUUAUUUAUUUUUGGUUUAUUUAUUGAUCUACUUUUUUAUGUUGAAUCCUGGAACUCACAUUCUCUGCAGACUGUCUUUUUGUAAGGUCAGAUUUUAAGUGCUGAAGAAAUUUAUAUACCAAAGGCCACCUCUCUUGUCCUUCAAGUGCAAUGAAAAUAAAACACUCGUAAUUAUGAAUAUGUGAAUUUAACAGGGAUUACAAAGGCAGAGGUUGACAAAUUAAUAGUAUUUUUUUCUGUUUUGUAAAAAGUAUAUUUUGUGUGAUUCUAAUUUAAAGCUCACUUUUAAUAGUAUAUUACUGUGAAGUCUUUCCUCAAUGUUACACUUGAUGUAAAUAAUAAAGAAAACUGUUGAAACAUA